CGGGUCCCCGGCGCGCCGCCUUUCCCCGGGGCUGAGCCCGCGGUGUCACGGCCUGCCCCGUUCCAGGUGCCCCGCAAGGGCAGCGCCGUGGGGAUUUACACUUGGCGGCACCGACGGCCGAGCCCCUCGCUCACACGGGCCUCUACAAAUCCGCAGUGAGCCCCUGGUACGCCGCUCCCAGCGUCUGCCGUGGGCUAUUUUAGGCUAUGCUGCCCUAAAUCCAUAGGCCUGUAACGCAGAAAUGACUCACGGAUUUUAAAGAGGAACGCUACCAGAAAGACACUCCAUGCUGCCCCGCCAUGUGCAGAGGUUGGGCAGAGACUGGAUCACCCACUGGAAUGGCUCCCAGAUACUUGCCUUGAACAGCCCAGUUUCCAGCUGUAUGAGAUGGGCCGGACAUUAUCCUCCCUGGGCCUCAUUUCCACUCCCCAUUUCAGCUGAUUUUUCAGCAAACUGGAGAGCCCCUCCAUUUUUUGGACCUUGGAGACAAUUUCAGAACUCUAAUUGGCAUCUUGAUAACUACACACAAAGUUGUUGCUUUCAUCUACCCAACCCCAGUAUGAAAUCCGAGAGAGAAGAACCAUUGACAAAGAAGAGAAGACUCAGUGGCCAAGAUGAUACUUCGACUCCUGAACAACAAACAGACUUGUCUAAUCAGAAAGAAGUAUCUUGUCUUUCUGUAGCACAGAAUGAAGAAAAACAUGGCAGCAGGAAAGGAACCAUCAAAAGACACUGGGAAUAUUUCUGUCAGCAGAGUAGAACAAUGAAAAUUGCUAAAAAUAAAGGAUCUGACCAAAGCAACACAGGAAGUGAGGCAACAUUUGAUUUUACAGUCAUGUCCUACAAUAUUCUCUCACAGAAUUUGUUAGAAGACAACUCUCACCUGUACAAACACUGCAGGCAGCGAUUGCUAUUCUGGACAUACAGAUUUCCCAACAUCCUACAAGAAAUCAAAGAGCUGGAUGCAGAUGUGCUCUGCUUACAGGAAGUCCAAGAAGACCACUAUAGAACAGAGAUCAAAUCAAGUUUGGAAUCCCUGGGGUAUCACUGUGAGUAUAAAAUGAGGACAGGCAGAAAACCUGAUGGCUGUGCCAUUUGCUUCAAAACUUCCAAAUUUAGCCUGAUUUCCUCAAACCCAGUGGAAUUUUUUCGCCGUGAUAUCCCACUCUUGGACAGGGACAACAUUGGACUGGUGUUGCUGCUGCAGCCCAGAUUUCACUGUAAAGCCAAUGCUGCCAUCUGUAUUGCCAAUACACACCUGCUGUACAACCCAAGGAGAGGGGACAUCAAACUGACCCAGCUUGCAAUCCUCCUGGCAGAGAUUGCCAGUGUGGCCCCUCAGAAGGAUGGCUCUUUCUGCCCAGUUAUCAUCUGUGGGGACUUCAAUUCUGUUCCUGGCUCGCCAUUGUACAGAUUUAUAAAGGAAGGAAAGUUAAAUUAUGAAGGACUUGCCAUAGGGAAGGUCUCUGGACAAGAACAGUUUCCACGGGGACAAAGAAUAUUAUCUAUUCCAAUUUGGCCAAAAAAAUUAGGUAUUUCACAAAACUGUGUAUAUGAAAUAAAACAGCAACAAAAGGAAGAAAAUGCAGAAGAAAAAUUGAAAGCGGCAAAGUCAGACAAUGCUCAGGAGAUUGUAAUAGCAUCUGAAAAAUUAUCUUCGAAAUUGCGGCACCAUUUUAAAUUGUCUUCAGUCUAUUCUCAUUACUUCCCUGAAACUGGGAUCCCAGAAGUGACAACUUGUCAUUCCCGAAGUGCUGUCACCGUGGAUUAUAUUUUCUAUUCUGCAGCAAAUGAUGCUACUGCUGACCAGCCAGGAGCAGAGGAUUCUUUUUGUGGAGGUCUGAAACUUCUUGGCAGGCUAGCACUUCUAACAGAGAAAGAUCUUUGGACUGUUAAUGGUCUUCCCAAUGAAAAUAACUCUUCUGACCACCUGCCACUGCUAGCAGAGUUCAGGCUUAUUGAGCGGUGAUAUCCAAAGGACUUGUGGUGUAGGUAAAGUUCCCUUUACCUUUCCUCUCAUGGGAUGAUUAUUAUUAUUUUUUUAAAAGGUUAAUUCAAGCACUGCUGGUCCAGUUUAAAUAAGCUUUCCUGCAUGCUGACUUAUUAGUGCUGUGUAAAGUAGACUUUCUAAAGGGACUUCCUUUUUUUAAAAAAAAAAAAGUUUCAUUUACUUUAUGAAGUCUUUUAGGGAGAAAAAGGAUUUUACAUUAGCUUCCUCUCUGAUAAAGGAAAACAUCUGUGCCAGACUCCAAAUGGCAUUAUUUUUCAUGAAUAUGUUGUAAAUUAUUUUUAUUGUAAAUCACAGUAAAAAGGACUAUUCUGAGAA